UUUCUGUGCCCAAACUUUGAAAGUGCAGAUUUUAUAAUGUGGAGAGGGGGAUGUUGGUGGGCAUUGGUCAGUGGUAUAUAAAGGGAGACCUGAUCAACCAUACUCAUCACUAACUCAAGCUGAUUCAACUGCAUCACCUCAACAAUGGCAUUCAAGUUCGUCGUUCUCGCCGCCCUCGUGGCCGUUUCUCAAGCUGGAUUUAUUGGCGCACCGCUUGCCGGCUAUGCAGCAGCACCCGCUCAAUUAGCGUACGCAGCGCCAAUUGCAAAGGCAGUGAUUGCAAAAACUGUUGACGCUGAUUUUGAUCCUCAUCCACAGUACAGUUAUUCCUAUGAUGUUCAAGAUUCAUUGACUGGUGAUUCAAAAUCACAACACGAAUCACGUGACGGUGAUCUUGUACAAGGUAGCUAUUCACUUCUUGAAUCCGAUGGAACAAGAAGAACUGUCGAUUACACCGCUGAUUCAGUGAAUGGAUUCAACGCCGUAGUACGUAAAGAACCAGCUGCAGUUGCCGUGAAAGCAGCUAUUGCCGCUCCAGUUGUUGCCGCCGCCGCAGCUCCAGUUGCCUAUGCGCAUGCUCCAGCUAUUGCCGCUGCCGCUCCAGUUGCCUAUACUCAAUACGCGCAUGCUCCAGCAAUUGCCGCUGCGCCUGCUCAUAUCGCUUACAGUGCACCAGCUGCGCAUUACGCUUACAGCGCACCAUUGUCACAUACAAAAAUCGUUGCUCCCCUCUCAUACGCCAGCCACGCCUACAUCCACUUCGUUGUACUGUCAGCGUUGAUUGCUGCAGCAAAUGCAGGAGCAAUUGGAGCACCAUUAGCCUAUGCAGCACCAACGCUAAUAGCAAAACCAGUGGACGCUGAUUUUGAUCCACAUCCACAAUAUAGUUUUGCAUAUGACGUUCAAGAUUCAUUGACUGGCGAUUUUAAAAGUCAACACGAGACACGUAAUGGAGAUAUGGUACAGGGAAGUUAUUCCCUUUUGGAGGCUGAUGGAACUAAAAGAAUAGUGGACUAUCAUGCCGAUGAUGUUAAUGGAUUUAAUGCAAUUGUUCGUAAAGAAGCUGUGGCUAAAAUUGCCGCACCAGUGAUUACAGCAGCGCCAGCAAAAAUUGCCUAUGCACCCACUGCGCAUUACAGUUACGCAUCGCCAAUUGUUGCUGCGCCUGCGCAACUUUCUUACGCGCAGCAAAUUGCCAAAAUUUCACCUGCCACUGCGCAUAUCACUUACGCUCAACCAAUCGCUAAGCCAGCUUUAACUUAUGGACCACCAAUCGCUAAAAUUCCAGCGGCACCUGUUUUAGCUGCCACCAAAUAUGCAGGUCCACUUUCAUAUAUUGCACAUAUUACAUCCCUCUUGUGCAUGAUAUUGGCGAUGAUUGUCAUUGAGGCAAAAGUCGUUCCAGUAUCUCAUGUAGCACCAGCAGCACCAAUAUUGUCAAGAAUUGAAAAUUUUGAUGCAGUACCACAAUAUAGUUUUGCAUACGAUGUUCAAGAUCCAACGACUGGUGAUUCUAAGGCACAAUUUGAAACACGAAGUGGUGACAUUGUCCAGGGUAGCUACAGUCUCAUUGAAAGUGAUGGUACACGUCGCAUUGUUGAUUACACAAGUGAUCCAAUUAAUGGCUUUAACGCUGUUGUCAAUCGAGAACCAGCAGUAGCCGUUGCUACUGUUCCAGCUGGAAAAAUUGUAGCAUCACCAGCAAUUGCUCAAAGAGUUAUAACUUCACCUGUUGCUGUUCCAGCUGAAAGGAUUUUAGCUUCGCCAUCUGUUGCUGUUCCUGCUCAAAGAAUUAUAACCCCACCUGUUGCUGUUCAAGCUGAAAGAGUUUUAGCUUCGCCAUCAGUUGCUGUUCCUGCUCAAAGAAUUUUAUCCGCACCAGUUGCUGUUCAAGCUGAAAGGGUUUUAGCUUCGCCAUCAGUUGCUGUUCCUGCUCAAAGAAUUAUAACCGCACCAGUUGCUGUUCAAACUGAAAGAAUUGCUGUUCCUGAUCAAAGAUUCUUGACCUCAUCUGUUGCUGUUCCUGCUCAAAGAGUUAUAGCUUCGCCAUCAGUUGCUGUUCCUGUUUCAUCUCCCUAUACUGUACCAACUGCUUAUGCAUCGCCUGUGACUUAUACCUUGCCAAGAGCUGUUGCUUCAAGAUUAACAGUUCCAUUAUCAGCUCCUCUGACAUAUGCAGCUUAUACACUUUAAGAUAUAAUUUUUUUAAAAAAAAUCAUCUUUCAUUGUUUGCAAUUGUUAUACACGAAUACAAUUUAUGUACAUAUGUAAAACUUCUAUUUUUACUACAAUAAACUAUAUUGAAAAUUCAA